UUGUCAGCAAAACCAACAAACCAAACAUCGUGGGAACCAUUCAUAUAUCAUUCUACCCAAUACCCACAUGCUCAAGUCUCAACUCCCAUUCAAGGAAAUGACCAAUCCCAGAGGACCCUUUGGUUUUGUUAACAAAACCUUGACUCUCUUCAUCUAUGUCUAUCUGGGCAUUACUAUUGCAACCUCUUCUACAGACCCACUUGUCCAGCAACAACUGGACAAGGUUCUAUCACUCCCAGGACAGAACUUUAACGUGAGCUUUGCACACUAUGCUGGUUACAUAACAGUCAAUGAAGAUUCUGGGAGAGCUCUUUUCUAUUGGUUCAUUGAGGCCACUGAGGAUCCUGAAUCAAAGCCUCUUGUUCUUUGGCUUAAUGGAGGGCCUGGAUGUUCAUCCAUUGCUUAUGGGGAGGCAGAGGAAAUUGGCCCUUUUCACAUUAAAAAGGAUGGGAAGACCCUUUAUUUGAACCCUUACUCUUGGAAUCAAGUUGCCAAUCUUAUAUUUCUUGAUUCCCCUGUUGGAGUUGGUUUUUCCUAUUCGAACACUUCCUCUGAUGUGCUGAAUAAUGGAGAUAAAAGAACUGCCGAGGACUCUCUAGCAUUUUUAUUGAAGUGGCUUGAGCGCUUUCCUCAGUUCAAAGGAAGGGACUUUUAUAUUACAGGAGAGAGCUAUGCAGGACAUUAUGUUCCUCAACUAAGCCAAGCCAUUGUAAGAUACAACACAGCAUUAAAGGAAAAAGCAAUUAAUCUGAAAGGUUAUAUGGUUGGAAAUGCUCUAACUGACGAUUACCAUGACCACUUGGGUGUUUUCCAGUUUAUGUGGGCAGCUGGUUUAAUUUCUGAUAAAACAUACGGGCUGCUGAACCUUCUCUGUGAUUUUCAGUCAUUUAUACAUACUUCAGAUGCAUGCGAUAAUAUUUUAGACGUUGCUAAUGAAGAACUUGGAAACAUUGACCCAUAUAGCAUCUUCACUCCCACCUGCUUUGCUAAUGUAAGCCAGUCAAAUCGGCUGCUGAAAAGAAUGAAUAUGGUUGGUCACAUUGGUGAGAAGUACGAUCCCUGCACCGAGGAGCACUCAGUUGUAUACUUCAAUUUACCUUUGGUACAAAAGGCACUUCAUGUUGAUCCAGCUUUUGCACCAUCUAAAUGGUCAACCUGCAGCGAAUUGAUAAAUACUAACUGGAAGGAUUCUCCUCGGACAGUGCUGGACGUUUACCAUGAGCUGAUUCAUUCAGGACUGCGUAUAUGGAUGUUCAGUGGUGAUACAGAUGCCAUAAUCCCAGUUACAGCCACCCGGUUGAGUAUAGAUGCUCUUAAGCUUCCGACUUCGAGACCUUGGCGUGCCUGGUAUGAUGAUGGGCAGGUGGGUGGAUGGACUCAAGACUAUGCUGGGCUUACCUUUGUAUCAGUCCGGGGAGCAGGACACGAAGUUCCUUUGCAUAAGCCCAAACUAGCUUUGGCACUCAUUAAAGCCUUCUUGUCAGGAAACUCAAUGCCAAGUUUGGAACUAGUCAGUGCAUCUUGAAGUCCCUAUUGCUUGUUCCAGGAAUCAGAAGGAAAGAUUACUUUUCCAUGUGUUUACUAUAGAGUGGCGGUUAUCUAUCCAGUUAAUGUUGUUUCAGAAUGUACAAUAAGUCCAGGGACAACAAAUUUUACAACAAUUGAUUUGGUACGUUGUGAUUUGUAUACAAUAAAAAUAGUGUCAACUAUGGAGUUGUUUGUUUACAAUAA